CCCUCCCAUCUUCCUCCCCAAUCCUCUCCUCUCCUCUCCUCUCUGGUCACCGGCUCCGUCAGCCCGCUCGGCGCUCGGGGAUGAGAAGCAGCCGCGCGAAGGAGAAACUCCCACCCGGUGUCCCUUGACGCAAUCGCCCGGUGCCCACCGGCGCCGCGUGCCUCCCGCCGCGCGGAAGGCGCAGGCCAGGAGGAGGUACCCGCACGGCGGGACAGGGCCGGCCGAGGUGGCACCACGGCAGAUGCAGUGUGAGGAGCAGCGUCUCGAGCCCCGGCCGGCCGGACGUCGGCGUCCCCAAGCCCAUGGGCCACAUCCUCGGCAUGUUCCCCUACCCCAGCGGUGGCUACGUGAUACUGUAAUUUGCGAUUGUCCUUGUUGCUGUUAGGAUGCUGGGAGAUGGUGCACACAAUUCGUUGGCAGCGUUAUGGAUUUGAGAUGAAGAAGAAGGGGGAGAGGUGAUGAUGGCAAUGCCUGCCUUCAGUAAACUACUGUGUACCUAACACCUAGUACAAUUCAAUCAGGUAUCAUCAUGUGGAGAGGAAUGUUUGGAACAUUUCAUUUUGGCAGCCAUCUCUUUUGAAUCCAUCAGGUAGUUCGUGUGGAGCAAGUUCGAUGAUGUGGAUAGCUGGAUCCUGACUGCAAAAUGUUGUGGACCAAUAAUUGAUUUUCCUGCGGCGCGACAAAGAUGGACGGAGAAGUCUCUGGCUUGCCCCGUUUCUUCUCCUUGAUGACUGAAUUGUCACUUUGCAGAAUCAAGCAAAAACUCUGCUUGGGCUUUACAAUAGGAUACUUCCUGAACCACAGAGCCAACUAUAUGCAAAUAUUUAUUCUGUGUUACUUGAUGGUGGCAAAGAAGUAAUGGUAACUGAUGCUCCCCUUUUCUACUAUUCAUCCCAGUCGAUAUUUCCAUUAUUGUGUGGAUUUUGGGUUGCAGAAGCUGUAGGUUGUAUAUUUCUACUUUGACAGACUGGUUCAAGCACACAUUUUUUUUCAUCCACAUAAACCUCUCACAAGUUCCUUCUGUGCUCAGGCCUUUUUCAGUCAUAAAUAAGUGGCACUGAAGUCAAGAAGAAGUUUCAACUCCCCUAUUCCUCUAAUAGGAUACUUCCUGAACCACAGAGCCAACCGUAGCAAUGUGCCGUAUACAAAUUUUGGUUACUUUUCUACUAUUCAGCUCACCAAAUAUUUCCAUGGAUGGGUGGAUUUGGGAGAAUAAUAUUUGUUCCUUGAUAGGUUUAUGCACACGUUUUCUUUACCCACAUAACCCUCUUGCAAAUUCUUUUUCUGCCCAGGCUAUUUUUCAAUCAUCCGGGCGCUCAAGUCAAAGUAUAGAAAUUUCAACUCCCCUACCCUUCCACAUAUAUCUAAGCACACACACAAACAUAUUUUAAUAAGCACACUCCAUUAGGACAAGAAGAGAGACAUGGCUCCUCAAGUUUUUCGCACCCAACCUCUGAUUCCUCCGUCCUACCAAUCACUCUUCCUUCUUUGCACCAUCCUCAUAUUUCUAUCCUCCAACACAAUAAUAUUCUCAUCAGCGCAGGCUACCAACAAAACAGAAGAUGAUCGGCAAGCCCUUCUCUGCUUCAAAGCUGGCAUCUCCAAGGACCCUGCCGGUGUUCUUGGAUCAUGGAGCAAUGACUCGCUUAACUUCUGCAGCUGGCGAGGGGUCAACUGCAGCACCACCCUCCCGAUCCGUGUCGUGUCCCUCCAAUUCAGGUCUGCGCAGCUCACAGGAACACUAUCCAGUUGCACAGCUGCCCUUACUUCUCUAGUUCAGUUGAACCUUUGGAACAAUAAGUUAUCUGGAAGCGUACCUGAAGAGAUAGGUGAGCUUCGGAGCCUCCAAACCCUGAUGCUUGCUGCCAACAGGCUUUCAGGUAACAUCCCUCUGUCAUUAGGUACAGCUGCAUCUCUUAGAUAUGUCAACCUUGCAAACAAUUCUCUUAGUGGAGCUAUCCCUGAUUCCUUAGCAAAUAGUUCGUCACUCAGUGAGAUAAUCCUCUCACGUAAUAACAUAUCUGGGGUUAUCCCAGCUAAUUUGUUCAACUCAUCCAAACUUGUUGCUGUUGACCUCCGGUCGAAUGCUCUCUCCGGGGCUAUCCCACAUUUCCAAAAGAUGUCAGCUCUGCAGUUUCUCGAUCUUACGGGGAAUUCACUUUCUGGUACCAUACCAGCAUCUUUAGGAAAUGCUUCAUCCUUGCGUUCACUCCUGCUAGCACAAAACAAGUUAGCACGAUCAAUUCCGGAAACUGUCGGUCAAAUUCCAAAUCUAAAAAGGGUAGAUCUAAGUAAUAACAUGUUCUCGGGGUAUGUCCCAGCCACACUGUACAAUGCGUCAUCACUCACAUUCUUUCGCCUAGGCAGCAAUAGAUUUACUGGACAGCUACCUUCUGACAUUGGCCACUCACUUCCAAACCUCGAAACAUUAGCAAUGGGACUCAACGGAUUUCGUGGAUCAGUCCCAGAUUCCCUGACCAACAUGUCAAAGCUCCGAGUGCUUGAUCUUUCAAGCAACUCGCUGACUGGCGUGGUGCCAUCUCUAGGAUCCUUGGCAAACUUGAGUGUACUGCUUCUAGGAGAUAAUAAACUCGAAGCUGAUGACUGGGCCUUUCUUACCUCUCUGACCAAUUGCACCCAGUUGUUAAUAUUAUCAGCAGAUGGAAAUAUCCUGAAUGGAAGUUUGCCAAAAGCAGUAGGCAAACUUUCAACAAAGCUUCAGCGGUUAAGCUUUGGAAGAAACCAAAUUUCUGGAGACAUACCAGCUGAGACAGGGAAGCUUGUAAGUCUCACUCUGCUUGACAUGGGCCAGAACAUGCUCUCUGGACCAAUUCCCCUGACAGUUUGGAACUUGAGAAACUUGGUUGUCCUAAAACUUUCCAUGAAUAGGUUGUCAGGUCAGAUUCCAUCAACAGUUGGUAACCUUGUUCAACUCAGCCAGCUUCAUCUUGAUGAUAAUGAAUUGUCUGGAAACAUACCAGCAAAUAUAGGACAAUGCAACAGGCUGCUUAUGCUAAACAUGUCAGUUAACCACCUUGAUGGAUCCAUACCAAGAGAACUCUUCAGUAUUUCCUCCCUUUCAUUGGGCUUGGACUUGUCAAACAACAACCUGACUGGGCCAAUACCAUGGGAAGUUAGUAACCUGAUCAAUCUUGGCCUCCUUAAUGUUUCCAACAACAAAUUAUCUGGUAGCCUUCCUUCUGAACUUGGCCUGUGUGUUCAACUGCUAUCCCUUCAGAUCAAAAGCAACAUGCUUAAUGGGAGCAUUCCCGAGUAUUUCAGCAAACUGAAGGUCAUACAGCAGAUAGAUCUGUCCGAGAACAAUUUAACUGGUCAAGUUCCACAGUAUUUUGUGAACUUCAGCAGCUUAAAUUAUAUUAAUAUAUCAUACAACAAAUUUGAAGGGCCAAUCCCGACUGGUGGCAUAUUUCGAAAUUCAGCUGUAGUAUUCCUGCAAGGCAACACAGGCUUAUGUGAAACAGCUGCUGCCAUAUUUGGAUUGCACAUUUGCCCAACCUCCUCAGCAACAAGAAGGAAGAUCAACACACGCCUGCUGCUUAUAGUAGCUCCACCAAUUACUAUUGCCGUGUUCUCAUUAUUAUGUGUUGUUGUCACUAUUAUGAAGGGAACUAAAGCUCAACCAUCUGAAAGCUUCAAGGAGACAAUGAGGAGGGUGUCAUAUGGAGACAUCCUUAAAGCCACCAAUUGGUUCUCUCUGGUCAACCGGAUCAGUUCAAGUCAUACAGCAUCCGUCUACAUUGGCCGGUUUGAGUUCGAGACAGAUCUAGUGGCCAUCAAAGUAUUCCAUCUUAGUGAGCAAGGUUCAAGAAAUAGCUUUUUCACCGAGUGCGAAGUGCUAAAACACACCCGCCACCGCAACCUGGUUCAAGCUAUCACCCUGUGCUCCACUGUAGAUUCCGAGGGUGAAGAAUUCAAGGCCAUAGUAUAUGAGUUCAUGGCAAAUGGUAGCCUGGACAUGUGGAUACACCCAAGGGUCGGCAGCUCAAGGAGGCUGCUGAGCUUGGGCCAGCGGAUACGUAUUGCUGCUGACGUGGCUUCCGCUCUGGACUAUAUGCACAACCAGCUGACACCUCCUUUGAUCCACUGCGAUUUGAAGCCAAGCAAUGUGCUGCUGGACUACGAUAUGACCUCGCGCAUUUGUGACUUCGGGUCUGCCCAGUUCCUCUCUUCAAGUAUUGGCAGACCAGAAGGCUUUAUUGGUGUAGGAGGAACAAUCGGAUAUAUCGCUCCUGAAUAUGGGAUGGGAUGCAAAGUCUCGACAGGCGGCGAUGUUUACGGUUUUGGGGUGCUGCUGCUGGAGAUGCUCACGGCAAGGCGGCCGACGGACGUGCUAUGUGGCAACGCCCUCAGCCUCCACAAGUAUGUCGAUCGAGCCUUCCCUGAGAGGAUCGCUGAGGUUAUAGAUCCCCACAUGCCAUCCGAGGAGGAUGAGGCGGCUGCUUCUGUACGUAUGCAGAACUACAUUAUACCUUUGGUCAGUAUUGGCCUGAUGUGUACCAUGGAAUCGCCGAAAGAUAGACCAGGAAUGCAUGAUGUCUGUGCUAAAAUUGUUGCCAUAAAAGAGGCAUUUGUUGAGACCUUGUGAUCAUGGCAACUAAUGGGUUGGGCAGUAGCUGUUAAAGAUUAUGUAUACAUAAUUACAUAUUCAGAAGUACAGUACAGUGACUACACUACUGUAAUGCUUAUAUACAAAAUUACAGGUAGCUGUACCACUUGUAGAACAAUUCCAACAUUUUUUUGUAUGUAUCUGGUAAAUGUGCACCACUA